GGUUGGUAACAUUUUUGUAUGUGACGACUUCCGGUUACACUCAAAGCGUGUAUAAGCGUGGAUUUGGUCUGCAAGUAAAAGCUACUGUUUGAACAAUAAACAGAAAGAAGAUUCACCAUGUUUGGAAGUGGGCCAAGACCAGGAGGAUUCACAUUUGGUCAACAACCAUCUGGUGGUUUCACUUUUGGUGCUUCGACAACAACUUCUGGUUCCACACUGGGAGGCUCCACAUUUGGAACAACAGCAGCAAGCAAUGAUGCAGCAGCUGGAGGGGCAGCAUCACAAACCACCGGAGGUGGCUUUACCUUUGGAUCAAUAGCCUCCUCGGCUUCUGCACCGGCUGGUGGCUUCUCAUUUGGGGGGCAGGCAGCUGGCAACACUGCUCAACCUGCAGCCUCUGGUGGCUUUUCUUUUGGUGCACAGGCAACUGGCAACACUGCUCAACCUGCAGCCUCUGGUGGCUUUUCUUUUGGUGCACAGGCAACUGGCAACACUGCUCAACCUGCAGCCUCUGGUGGCUUUUCUUUUGGUGCACAGGCAACUGGCAACACUGCUCAACCUGCAGCCUCUGGUGGCUUUUCUUUUGGUGCACAGGCAGCUGGCAAUGUGGCUCAGCCUGCAGCAACUGGCGGCUUCACCUUUGGUACACAAGCAGCUGGCAAUGCAGCUCAGCCUGCAGCAACUGGCGGCUUCACCUUUGGCACACAGACAGCUGGCAAUGCAGCUCAGCCUGCAGCAACUGGCGGCUUCACCUUUGGCACACAGACAGCUGGCAAUGCGGCUCAGCCUGCCCCAACUGGUGGCUUUUCUGCUGGUGGCUUCCCAUUUGUUACAACAUCCACUACUACAUCAACUACCAGUUCUGGUGCUGCUGCAGGCUCUGGAGGACUUACAUUUGGCGCACCAUCUUCACAGCCUGCAGCAAACAGCUUUAACUUUGCAAAACCAACCACGCAACCAUCUUUCUCUUUUGCAAGUACAGCUGUCCCAACAGCAGCAACAGGAGCAUAUUCUUUUGGAAGUGGACAGCUGUCUACUGCAACUACAACCACAGCAUCUGGAUUUUCUCUUACAAAAUCUGCAACAGCAACUCCAGCUACAACAACAUCAUCCUUAGCAUCACUCUUAGGAGCAUCAACAGUCCAGCAGGCAACUCUUGGAACAUCCACAGCUCAGCCUGGCUCCACAAGUCUCACUGUUGCCACCUCUGCUGCUUCCUCUACCUCCCAGCCAUUCAGUUUUGGUCUCCCAACCACAACCACACCUUCAACAUCUGCCACCACUAGUGUUUCUUUUGGAUCAAGUGGCUUGAAGCUGGGAACAACGGCCACAACGACAACAAUUACACCAAGCACUGGAUUCUCAUUCGGAACAUCGCUGGCUACUUCAUCAACCCCUGUACUGACUCUUAGCACCUCAACUACUUCAGCAGCUGCAACAGUGUCUGCCACGGAGGUUAAAACUGGUGGACGGCAGAUGAACUACAAACAGUUGGAAGAGGAGACCAACAAGUGGAUGGCAGAACUGGAAGAGGAAGAGCGCAGUUUUCUGCUUCAAGCUACUCAGGUUAAUGCUUGGGAUCGUCUGGUUAUUGAAAAUGGGGAUAAGAUUGUACAAUUAAAUACAGACCUGGAACGGGUCAAGCUGGAGCAGCAGAAGCUAGAGCAUGAGUUGGAUUUUGUACAGAGCCAGCAGCGGGAGCUGGGUGAUCUUCUGAGUCCAAUAGAGUCAGCUCUUGAGGCCAUGCCUGCAAUUUCAUACCAGCAGCAUGCAGACUUAGAACGAGAACACACGUACCAGCUUGCAGAAAGUCUAGAUGCUCAGCUCAAACGCAUGGGCCAGGAUCUGAAAGAGAUCAUUGACAGAAUCAAUUCCUCCAAUGCUAAACCUGAUCCAGAUGAUCCUGUGCAGCAGAUUACUAAGAUCUUAAAUGCACACAUGGAUUCACUGCUGUGGAUUGAUCGUCAGACUGCAAAUCUUGGUCGACGAGUGGAGGAUAUGUCUAAAGCAAUGGAGAGUGAAAAGAAAGAACAAGAGCGUAAUCUCCGAUUAGCUUACAGUUGAAAGUAGUAUUAUAAAUUCAUGUUGCAGCCAACCUCUAAACAACCAGAUGUAGGCUACAGACUUUGUGCUGUUCACUAUUCUCUCUACUCAUUUGUAAUCAGUGGAGUUAUUUUGUGAAAUCUUGGCAUGGAUACAGGUUUUUACCUGUUAAGUCGGGUUCUAUGCAUUCAGAAGACCAGAGUAAUAAAGGACCUCUUUAUAUUAAAUAAUAAAUUACUCAUGUCACAAUUUUUACUCUGUGCAGUAUCACAGUUAUUUGUAACAUUGUGAGAAAAUUUUGCAGGAACAAACACAACAUGAAAAUAAAGAUAAUGCUUUUGUUUUAUCUUUACACCUGUUGGCAAAAAUGCUGAUGCCAUCCAUAAUUUUCAUCAUUUGUCCAGACAUCAGUGAAUAAUGCUUCUAAAAAAUGAAAAAAGCCUAAAAGGAAAUAAGAAUAUGGAAAAACAAAUAAUUAUCAUGGGCAUUCAGCUUUAGUGACCCUUGCUGCCAGAAGUGCUUCUUGGUUAUGAGUAGGCACUCUUUAGAACAGUGGUUCUUAACCUUUUUUAAGGUACCAAACCCACAAGCUUCAAAUGCACAUUCACUGAACCCUUCUUUAGUUUCCUAUGCACAUUCACCGAACCCUUUUUUAGUGUCAUCAUGAAUUGCGGGUAUGUCUUGACCCCUGAGACGACUCACCGAACCCCAAGGAUUCGAUCGAAACCCAGGUUAAGAACCACUGCUUUAGAACUUUUGUUUUAAAACCCUGCACAAAAAUUUAGCUCGGUGACAAAUACUUCAUGGCUUACAUUUGGAAUGCAUGUCUUCCACAGCAGGUGAAGUAGUUUUUAACUUCUAAGCACUAAGAGAAACCUGCAAGAUGUGCAUGAAUGAGGCACAUGGUUACAGGCAUGCAAGGAACUGCAUUAGUAACUUAGUAGCUUUUUUUGUUUUUGUUUUUGUUUUGUUUUGUUUGUCAAGGGGAUGAUGGUGGGAAUGAGUGGCUAGUGGGAAAACAUUUAGCUUGUAAAAUAUCCUUAAUGUAAGUUUGUACUCAUCAUUGGUGCUUCUACUACUUAGGACAUGGAAGGAUGGUGACUUUAAUGGUGGCAGUUGGUUUCUGCAAGAUGUGUUUCUCAUGGAGAAUCAAAUUGGUUUCUUGCAGCAUAUUUUUCAUGCCAUCAUUUGCCAGUAUGAAUGUGUCUUGAAAUUUGUUUUAUUGGAAGAAAGAAGAAGGAAUGAAAAGGUUUUCACAAUUUUUGUUUUUUUAAAGAGGUGUUAUGUGUACAUACUUGCAAGGCAAUGAAAACCGUGUAUGCAUUCUUGUAAUGGAAUGAGAGCCACAGGAUAAUAAAGUUAUCCAUACUGUCAUGUCUUAAAAUAAAUAUUUUCCAGUUUGUCA